CGAGCUAAAGCGUUUCCUGGGCGUGGACUGACCUAGCGUACGCUUAGAAGGGAAAGACUUGCACUUUCAUCGCAAGCGAACAUCCUACCUUCCAGAACUUCCAUCACGCAUACAUCCAGCAUAUAGUCAUAAUGGGUGGUGGUGCUCGUUAUCCAUAUCCAAAAGAAGUUUGGUCGCCUUCCGGUGGUUGGUGGACAAGACCAUCAAAUUGGAGAACCAAUACGGCAGUUUGCAUUGCAGGAAUCGGACUGGUUUCGUACUUUACAUGGAUGUAUAGCGCAAAAGUUGAACAGAGACAUGUUAAAGUUGACAGAUGGAUUCCUUCUCUUCAUUGGGCAGAAGAAUUCAAAGGAUCAGAAUAUGACGAAUUACGCAAAAAUGGACGUAAAUCAUCACAACCAAAGGACCACUAGAGGAAGCUUAUGUACACCUGGUUUAAUUGAUCAAAUAGCGUAUCUCGAAAAACAAACAGAA